AUGUCCCCCGCGACACAAUCAAAAAUUGUGUUUGGCUUCACAAUCCCACAGUUAAGAUCUUUAGAGAAAGGCACAUUGUGUAAUGAUGAGAGACUGUAUAUAGUUAAAAAUGUGUCCAACUACAUGUUCAAUGUCAUAAGAUAAAUGCAUAUAUUUUUAAAUUAGUUUAAGUAUUUUUAAUUUUAAUUAUAGAACACUGAUAGUCUUGAUGAACUAUAGGCAAAUACAAAAAUAAUUUCAACAUCUGUUGUGGCUUGUCUGAGUAAGAUUAUAGUUUUUAUAGUUCUAUAAAAUAAAUUUAAUUUCUUUUCUUUAGUAAAAAUGUUCCACACUAAGCACCCAACAUUCCAAUCUAGAUAUCCUCAGAUAAUAAUACACUAAUAAUUCAUAAACAAUUUUGAAACAAGUCAUACUAUUGAAACUAAAAAUUGUAUUAUGUAGAAUAUAUUUAUUAAAUCAUCUCAGUAUAACUCAUUUGAAUUUUAAAUAAUUUGUGAGUAACAAUUUUAACUAACUUUAGAUGUUUCAAUGAUUCUAGUUGUAAUAGCAGUAACUAAAGUUCUGUCUUAUAAAUAAUAAAAAGUAAUUUAACAAAUGUACAGGUUCUAUAUGGUUGAAUCCAAAAUGUUUAGUAUUUGUGGACAAACAGUGUUUGUGGAGGGAACUACUGACAGUUAAAAGAGCAGCAAUUAAAAUUAUGUUUGUGUCUUAUUAUAUGUUUAAUAUUCAAUACCUUAGAGAAUUAGCUGGUAUUUUUCAGUUUCUCCAAAGGUAACUUUUUAAUUUAUGUCAUUUACAAUACAUCUGAAAUUAUUUAAUGUAUUUUACAAUUCUAUAGUCAAUAUAAAUGAUGAAAGCAAUAAAGUUAAAAAAGAGAACUUCUGCUAAAAAACAUGCUAAAAUUAUUAAAACUAAUGAAAGACUAUGAUAAUUACAUAAAAAUUUAGAGAUUCUUAAGAAUAAAUUUACAUAAAAUGUGUGGCAACACACAUUAAUAACACUAAGUGUGCAAGUUUACAACAUGUUGCUUGUAAAUUUAAAUUCUUUUAAAUUUGACAUUUACUAUCCUAUUUGUUGUGUACAAUUAUCAUCAAGUCAUACCUGAAAUUAAAAAAUCGGAUAGUAAAUGUCAAAUUGAAAAUAAUUUAAAUUUACAAGGGGCAUGUUGUAAAAACAUGUAAAUACGUAAAUGAUGUUAUUAAUGUGUGUUGCCACACAUUUCGUGUAAAUUUACACUUCUCAUUUUUUACAGUGUACUUAUAUAUACAAGCCAUGAAUAAAAUCAUAAUUUAUAGUUUCAGUAUGCUGUACAGUAUAUAAAUUGAAAACUGCAUAUAAACAGCAUUGGGUAUACAUUUUAAUCAGUAACACAAAGUUUCGCAGUAGUAAAAGUGAUUUUUGAAAACCAAACUAUAUUUUACAAAAUAUUCCAACGUCAGGUCUGUUUUGUUUGCAUCUUUUUUAAUUAGAUUGAAUAUUCAUAAAUAAUAAACUAAACAAUUCAACAUUCAUUGUAAGUUAUAUUUUCUUCUUAUAACAAGCACAUGAUUAUGACUUCACGACAACACAAAUUAUCAGCUUAUUAACUAAAUCAACAAUUUUUUUUUAUUAACAAUAGAUACAAAUGAACAUAUAAUACAACAUUAAAUUAAUUUUAACACAACAGCAAUUAAGAAAUACAAUAGUUAAUUUAAUUAUCAAAACCAUAUCUAAUUACUUUUUUAAUUCUACACCCAUGUCUAGUAUACUCCCUAUUUAUCUGCUUAUCAUUCCCAUUUGAAUUCAUAUUUACACUCUCACUCUUGUUCAAUAGAACAUCAUCUCUGUUUUCUUUACUAUUUUUGUCUUCUAUCUUAAACUGUUAAUCCUCUUCAAAGUCAACUAUGGAAUCAUAGUUUUUCACUCUUUUCAAGAAAAUAGAAUUUCUUCUUAACAAUCUGCCACUAACAUCUUUAACAAUAUAAGAUCUAGGAAAAUCAGUUUUCUUUACCACUACUGGCCACCAUACUUCUGUGAACUUAUUCUAUAUUACAGUUUUGUCACCAAGGUUAAAUUCAUAUUCCUCUUUUCCUGCCGUUUUAUUAUAAUACUUUAUAUGUAUAUUUAUGACCACCUUGAUACUAACAAUUAAUUAAAACAACAAUUAAAAACAAUUAACAUUUUCAAAUUUAAUUUUAAGUUCACUCAGUGUAUGUACAAUAUUAUUUAAUAUCUCAUAACUUUACUCCUUUCUUUUAUUAUAAUUAAAACUAAGAAAGUGUGCAACAUAUAUAUAUUUUCUUGGUAGGUAUUCCAAAUUCAGUUAUUUAUUAAUAAUUUAACUCUUAAUCUUCUGAGCCUGUUAUUCGGUAUUUUAUUAAUUUCUUUUUUAAUAACUGACACUAAUGGUUAAUGGUCUGUAAAAAUGUUAACCUGAUUUUGUCAUUAAAUUAGAUAAUGAAAUUUGGUGCAUGCAAAUACUAUGGCAAGCAUUUAUUUUUCUACUUAAGCAAAGUUUAUUCACUCAGAUAUCUUGAUUAUCAUGAACAGGUUUUUUUUUCUUUUGGAAUAUACAGCAUCUAUUGCUUUUUCUGAAGCAUUAGUUUCUAUUUCAAAUGUUUCAUUAAGCUUAAAGUUAUUUAGACUAAGUAUUUCAUAUAGAACAUUUUUAAUCUUUUCAAAAACUGUGCUUUAAUUUAUUGUACAAUCCCAAAUAACAUCUUUCUUUAGUAACUGUCUAAAUGGUAUCAUUAUUUCUGAAAGAUUAGGAAUAAAACCCUUUAGAUAGUUUACCAUAACUAAAAAAGAUUGUAGCUCUUUUGUAAUUUUUUUAUAACCCUUAUUUUCUCUGUAUCUGGUUGAAUACCUUCAGCACUAAAUAUAAAUCAAAUAAACUUAACUUUAUAGUUGACACAAUAUAUUGUAAUUUUUUGGGAUUGAAUUUAAUAUUUAGUUGGCUCACUCUUUUAAUUAUUUCAUUUAAUGCUCUAUCAUAUUAAUCGAUUAUCUUUCCUGUGUGUCAUCAAAAUAAACAUUUAUAUUUUCUAUGUCCUCAAAGUAUUUAGAAGUAGGCUCUUGACAUUUUCCUGUAGCUGAUGCUAGUCCAAAAGGUAAUCUCAAGAAUUAAUAGCAUCCAAAAGGAGUACUAAAACAACAUUAUUGUUUUGAGUUUUGAUCAAGCUCACAACGGUAAAAUUCAUUAUUUUAAUCUAAUAUGUACCGCAAACAUUUUUUUACCUAUUAAAUUUAAUUUAAUUUCUUCUAUCGUGGGUAUUUGAUAAAUUUCUUUAAUUAUACUUUUUUUAAUCUCUCUGGGAUCUAAACAAAUUCUUAAAUUCUUGACAGGCUUAUCAACAACUAUUAUUGGACUUUGCCACUCACUUGGUUCAUUACAUUUUUCAAUUACUUUUAGUUUACACAUACUAUUUAAAGCUUCUUUUAAUUUAUCCAUUAUUCUAUACAGAAUUCUUCUAUGAGAAACUGCAGUAUUUUUUUAAAUUUUACACUAACUUUAUCUGGAAAUUUUCCAAGACCUUUAAUAUCAAAAUUUUCUUUCACAAAUAUAUUCUUCUUGUUCUCACCUUCUUUUAUUUCAUUUAUUCCACUCAAAUUAUAAUUCAAUUUCAUACAAUCAACUAAUCUUGAAAUUGGCAACCAAUCAUAUUCCACUACCUCAAAGAAUGUUACUAUUUUAUAUAUAAUGUUAUCAAUAGUAACUUUAAUUUUUCUAAAGACUUGAUUUAAAACCCUCCAAACGCUUUAAUUAUCACUGUACUUUUCUCCAAUUGUUAAUUUAAUUUUUUAAAUUCCCUUAAUAACAUCACAUUCAAUUAAGCACCGAUGUCUAGCUUUAUCAACAUUUUUAUAUUAUCUACACUAAAUGUAUCAGUCCAACUUGUACACUUAUGUUUAAAUUGAGUUUAAUGAUAAAUAUGUCACAUCCCUUUCUACAUUCUGUUGUACUUUAUUCACUUGACCAUUACUAAUUUUACAGUUAGAUUUACACUUAAUAACAAAAUGAUUUAAUUUACUACAUAAUUCACCAUUUUUUCCAAAUACAGGACAUUUGUUAAUACCAUGUUGAUUACCACAUUUAAAAAAUUUAAUACUUUUUUUUCAUAUUUACCAAAACCUUGAUCUUUAGAGCUAGUACUGUUAGACUUGUUUUGAUUUAUUUCAUCAAAUUUCUCUUUAUUGCCUUUCUUUACUCCAUAUUGUUGUUGAUUUAUUUUACUUACCUCCUUUGAUUUGAAACACCAAUUUUUUCCUUUUUCAAUUUGGUUCAUGCUCAAUAUUUAAUGACUUUUGUUAAUGGGAGAUCUUCUCUUAAUAAUCUUGAUUGUAAUUCUAUAUCAUUUGUUCUUCAAACUACCUGUGUACGAAGGAGUGCUUCUUCUGUUUCACCAAACGAACAUUAUUUAACCAAAUCACGCAAAUCUGCAUAAAAUUGAUCAAAAGGUUCACCUUCGGCUUGGCUUCUUGUGAAAUAUUUGUUAUGCUCCAUAACUUCAUUUUUUCUUAGAACACAAUAUUCUUACAUGGACUUAAAAAUAUUACCCACUGUCACAUCAUCAAUUUAAAAUGUGUUAUACAGCUUCAAGCCAUCUGAACCUAAUAAAUUGAGUAAUCUUGCCACUUGAACUUCUUGACUUUUACAAUUUGUCUCAAUUGCCAUAAAAUAGACUUCAAUUUCUUAUUUAAAUAAUUUUUUAGUUUGAAGUUUGCCGGUCGAUUGAAUACCAUCAUGUCUAAUUUCUUUUCCCGUUUCAAUCCAGCGAAUAGGUACUUGCUAAUAUUGUUUUAAAAUGUAAACGACUACGCCAUGUUUUGUUUGUGUGUUUUCUAAUUAUAUUGAUGGUUCAUAAAUAAUAAAUUAAACAAAUUCAACACGUAUGGUAAGUUACAUUUUCUUCUAACAAUAAGCACAUGACCAUGACUUUACAACGAUACUCUGAACUCUCCAUACAUUUUGUAAUUAUAUUUAUAUUAUCAAUUACCUAUGGUAACAUUGGUUAUCGUUGUUAUUAAGAUUAUAACUGAAUACAGUGACUGUACACAACAUGUUGAACACGAUGGAAACAGAUUGAACUAAUUAAUUAUUAAUUAAUUAACGCUGAAUGUUUCGGCACCAUUACUUUUCCAGAGGCAAGUAUUAAAAUGA